AUGGCAAAACAUAUUAUGCAAUUACAUAAACUUCAUAUAAUAAGAAAAGAGAAAGAGGACAAAGAAGAGAUUGAAAAAGAAUUAUACUAUAAUUCAUCGUAUGAUUUAAAUGAUUUUUGG